AAAAAUAUUUGGCUGAAAAUGCUGAGCACUUUAUUGACACAAUUGGGAAAACUAUCUGGGUUUCUUAUUUUAAUGAAAAACUAUUACCAGAAAAGGCUUACAAAACCAACCAAGCUGUCUCUCAAGAAAAGCUCGCAGAAAUUGUUCAAAAUAAGGAAGAGGAAGCUACUGCUAAAAUGAAAUUAAAAAAAUCAAACAUUG